CCUGCCCUGUCCAAAUUGGCAGGUGAGAUGAUUCAUUCAUUAUUAUUUAUUUUGUGUUGAUCAGUUUCACUCUCUUGAGUCACUUUAGUGCCAUCUAAUUUAAAUUUACUGUCAGUUGGUCUACCAACAGUUUAAUUACAUACUUCAUGUUGUUUUCGAAAGAGAAAUGCCGUGUUUUCAUUAAAUUUGUAGUGAAUUUGUAGUGUUAAGUGACUCUUGAAACACCAUGUCUUCCUUAUCAUUAACUCGAGUCUUACAACCAAGGAAAACAAGUCUGGAGCUUGAACGAGAAAAUUUCGAAAAAUUUCAGGCUGUGAGCAUAAGCAAAGCUGUAAACUCUGUGGAAAAUCCUGUAAAAGAAAAACAUGUCAGGAGUGCAAUUCUGGGAACCUUCCGAGAACGAAAUGGUGAGGUGUUCUGGAACUGUGUAUCACGUCUGCCAUUACAAGAAAAUCGAAUUGUGGCCUGGAAAUUUUGUCACAUGCUGCACAAAGUGCUGAGAGAGGGACAUCCCCAAGUUAUUGCACAGUCCUUGAAACACACUGGUGAAAUUGCUGAUCUCGGAAAAUUAUGGGGGCACCUGAAAGAAGGGUAUGGGAAGUUGAUACAACAAUAUUGUCAACUUCUCUUGGCAAAACUAGACUUCCAUCGACGAAACCCUGCUUUCCCUGGCAACCUUAUUGUUUCCGCAGAAGACCUUGAGAAGAUUGGUGAUAAUGACAUAAAUAAUUAUUUUCAAAUUUCUGUUGAGAUGUUUGACUACAUGGAUGAAAUUUUAGCCUUACAAGGAGCAAUAUUUGGCUCUCUAGAUAGAUCAAGAAGCAAUUCCAUGACAAGUGCCGGUCAGUGUCGUUUAGCACCCUUGAUACCUUGUAUCCAAGAUUCUUCACAAUUGUAUGACUUCUGUGUGAAAAUUCUCUUCAAACUCCAUGCCUCAUUGCCACCGGAUUUGCUGUCUGGCCAUCGACAAAGAUUUUUAAAGCAAUUCAAUGAGUUACGACAGUUCUAUCUAACAGCCUCUACUUUACAAUAUUUCAAAACUCUAAUACAGAUUCCAUUAUUGCCAGAUACCGCGCCAAACCUGUUGAUUCAAGCUGAGUUGCGCUCAUAUGUAAGUCCAGUUGUUGUCCUCCCUCCCACACCAACUUCUGAAGUCGGAGAAUUGGUUGAUUUUGCUGACAGUGGUACGAGUAACAAUGGAUCCAUGUCUCCAGAUAUUCUCGUUCAAAGGGAUAACCUAAUAGAACAAUUACAGGCAGAAAUAUCUGAUCAAAGAGAAGCUAUCGCUAAUCUCCAAAAAACAGUAAUUGAGCUAAGAGAACAUGUCGCUGACUUAGAAUUGCAGCUAGCCACCAAAGAAAGUGAACUCAGUCAAGAAAAAGCUGUGAAAGAAGACUUGUUACUGCAGACUGAAGCAGCUGCCAAAUACCCUGACGUGGAAAAACGAGCAAAAACUAUGGAGGAAAAGUUCAACAAGUUGAAAGAAGUCUACACAAAAUUGAGAGAAGAACAUAUUCAACUUAUCAGACAGAAAGCUGAUGUUGAUAAGCAGUUAGCAAGUGUGAAAAACAUAGAAUUUGAAACUAAUGAGAGAACUAAACUGGAAGAGGAAUUGAUGAAAUUGCAAGCUACAGCGGAUGCUGCAACUGAGCAGAAUGAGGCACUAGUCUGCAAGGUUGAGUGGGCAUGUAAUGAAAAAGCAAUUAUUGAAAGUGAGUUGCAAGAUGUUCUUGCUCAACGGAAUGAAAUGGAAUCACGAAUAAAACAAGUCGAAGAUGAAAGAGAUAACCAUCUUCGAGCCCUCAUUGAACGUUGCAGAGUAAUAGUAAGCAAUUCAGUGGACCAAGUAGACAAUCCAGCAGCAUCUGCAAUAACCUGCACUCCAGAGUAUUUAAGCAGCGUGAAAGAUCGGUUUUUGUUGGCAUUAGAGAGCUUCCAGUUUAGUAAACCUAUUGAUGUGUCAACCCUGUCUUGCUAUGCUGCAUUGUUUAUCAUCCAUGCAAAAGCAACGUCCAAUAUGGCACCUGAUCUGGAUAUGGGAGAACGUAUGGCGGUCAUGGCCAAGGAGGUAGGUGAAGAGUGUAACAAGAUUCUGGUAGCGUUACAUAAAGACUUGCUGGCUUCAUUGGAUCUAUCACCUUUGAGGGGUAAAAUUUCAGAGCUCAGUGCAUUAGGAAAUGCAAUUCAGACAGGAGAGUCGCCAGAAUCCUUGGGAGACUUGGUUGAAAAUGAACUUGCGCAGAUGGACAAGGCAAUCGAGGAAGCAGCCCUAAAAAUGGAGGCUAUGUUGAGCCAGUCAAGGAAAGAAGAUUCUGGCAUUAAACUGGAAGUGAAUGAGAAAAUACUCGAUUCUUGCACCAACUUAAUGAAAGCAAUACGUGUCCUGGUACAGAAGUCCAAGCUUUUACAAGCAGAGAUUGUUGCUCACAGUAAUACUUCCUCCCUGGGAGCCAAAGAAUUUUACAAAAGAAAUCACCAGUGGACGGAAGGUUUAAUAUCUGCCGCAAAAGCUGUAGGAAGCUCUGCCAAAUAUCUAUUAGAUGCAGCUGAUCAAGUGGUCUGUGAAAAUGGACAGCUAGAGAGAGUCGUUGUUGCUGCCCAAGGGGUUGCAGCGAGUACAGCUCAGCUAGUGGUGGCCAGUCGUGUUAAAGCAGAUCGUCAAAGUGAUAAUUUGGCCGCUCUGUCUGCUGCCUCGCGCGAUGUUACUCAUGCCACAGGCACUGUUGUUGCAACAUCUAAAGCAUGCAGAAUUUUAGUUCAGGAUUCAGAGGAUCAGUUAGACAUUGCGAGCUUGUCUCUUCAUCAGGCCAAGCGACUAGAAAUGGAAUCCCAGGUACGAGUUCUGGAGCUAGAAAGUGGUCUUGAAAAAGAGCGAAUGCGAUUAUCAGCCCUGAGAAAGCACCACUAUCAGCUUGCUGAUGAUAAGGCAUCGUAACACCGAUAACAAGUUGUAGCCACUCAACUGUAUCCUUCUUUCCAUGUUUGUAUUUGUAAGAUAUGUUUUUUUUCUUUGUAUAAGAUUGAAUCUUUAUGUUUUUUAUCUUCUUAAAACUGCAUUGAGAUCAAAUUGGAGCUUUUUGGUUAUUUCUUAUAAGUUUCCAUUUGCAAUGUUUUAUUUAUUUAUGUUUUUGAUGUCAGUUUUAUGCAACCUGUAAAACUGACAAGCUGAAGGUGCAUUCUUGAGUGCGAGUAUUUUGUUAAUUUUCCCCUCAAAUUUUACAAAAUCAGCUGUAACUUAGAAGAUUACCAGGCAAUGUAUCCUCAAAAUUUGGAAAGAAUUAGUCGUUUCAAGCGACUAAUAUAUAGGCAAGCAAAAGUGGUUCUGGGGCUAUUACCAUCUGUCCCUCUUAUGUUUUGUGUCAUGAAGAAUCAAAUCGUUUAAUGUUGAUAAGGCUUUCCUUGUAGCAGGUUUCAUAGUUGAUCUAGCCAUCACCAAUUUUGUUUUAGAAAUCUUCAAAAGGAGGUUAAAUUAUGUAAGCAUGAAGGUUUUUAUCGUGGAUAAUCAAACACUAUGAUAUUUUCAGUUUUUUUUCUUGAGUUGCAGAUGUGGCUGAAGACAUCAGCAUACUAAUAAUAUUCCAACAGUUUAGAUUGGUGACAUCGAGUUGCGUUUUCUGCUUGAGUAAAUUUGAAUCUGUUAUCCUCUUUCUAAUCCUGCUCAAAUGGAAAUUCCUCUCCAAAAGAUGUGAAUUGUGGUUGGUUGCUUUACAGAAAUGUGAACGCAUAUUGUAGCAAGAUGAAUCAAAGUGGAGAGUGUUUACAGCUUCAGUCUAAAUCCAAUAAGUAAAUACGUACUUCAACUGAUCAUUUCCACCUUUAAAAAAUUCAAGUAAAAUAUAUUUUUAAGCUAGAUCACUAUUAUCUGGGGUAGACCAAAAUCCUCUGCAUGAAUUUUUCUCUAGAAUUAAAACCUUUUGCUGAUUUCAAUCUAAAAUUCAGGGGCAUGAAUUUAAGACUAACUAUUAAAUAUGUUGUAUAUCAAUAUGAGUGAUCUCACCGUUUGAUUGUUGAGUCACUCGUCUAUUUCUUUUCUCUUGAGUGUUAAGGAGCAUCUUCAAAGCAUUUAACACCCUGUCUUUUCAGUUUUUUCCUCCCCUGUGUAGACUAGGGCCAAAAAAAAUAAUUUUAGGACAGUUGGACAGUGAACAACUCUUCAAAACCUGCAACUUUAGUGACUACUUUUUGUAUUACUUAUUAAUAACUGAAAGACGAUCCCUAGGUAUUGUCUUGAACUCAAUUGCCUACCUCGUAAUCACUUCAGCCUUCAAAGUUGGACCAAAUUACUGAAUAUUCCCGACAAGAUGACAUUUCUUGCCGUUUUAUUCCUUUUUUUUGUUUUCCUCUGGUCAAUGGAAUUUUUUUCCAUGUAUUAUGUAAAUAAGGUUUGGCCGUUGAACACAUGCCCUCAGAAAGACCAAAGAGCUGGUCUAGGAAAGCUUAUCCCAACAAUAAUGAUUGGCUUAGCAUUGUUCAAGUUUCAACAUUUUUUUAUUUUGGUGCAGGAUGGCUCUUGUUUUUUGUUGGUAAUGGGCCACCAUACAAGGCCUGAACUAGGAAUAAUUGUCACAUUUUCUACUCAAAACCUUAUGUUGACAACGACUCACACAACGAGAGGUUCGGAUAUCAAGAAAUAUUUUCAACUCAAAUCAAGUGGCAGUUGAAUUAUACCAAUGAUAUCAUUUGCAUUUUUUAUGUUUAACCAAUGUUAAUUAAGUAAUAGUCCCUGAAUAGGGGAACGUAAGCAAAAAGUGAGUUUUGAGGAAAUCUCAUUCGAAAGUUUGAAGCUGAGCCAUGUGAAGCAAGUGAGCAAGUGAGUGGGGCGCUAAUUCUCUGAAAGAGUAAUUUUAGAAUUGACUGAGUCGGUUGAAUUUAACUGUGGAGCUUUAAUCUCCAUUAUAGAUCAGCAAUAAUUCAAUCACACUCUCCCUUCACUGAGGUGUUACAUUAUUUGUAGAUGCUCCAGUAGUAUGUUUCUCUCUAGUUACCUACUUGUUUUGUAUUAAUUUACUCGCAUUUUAUAUAUAUAUUUUGAAUAUUUUAUUAUUUCCUAAGCUCUGUUAUAAUGCUCUUCUACGUCCAUGUAUUUUAUUUUUUUGUUCCUGAAGAUAUGGGAGUAAGACAAUUGCACUAAAUAUAUCAGUGAGAACAUGACAUCAAGACUAUAAUUUGCAAAUUGUGGUGUUAAAUGCAAAAAGAGCUUUUCUUGGAAGUACUAACAUCCAUUGCACCAUCCAAGUAUACAUGUUCCUCAUACCAUGUAGCAUAUUCAUGCCACAUAUUAUUCAAAUCUAAAUAAUUUAGCUACUAAAGAGGUGAAUAUGUGAGCAAUUUUAUGCAAAUCAGCAUUUGGUAUGAAACAGCAAUGCUGGCAUACUGUCUAUUUGAUAAAAUGUUGCUGCAAACAAAGAAUGUUUUUUUGUCAGUUUAAAUAUUCUUACUUUGCUUCCUGUUUUCAAAUCAUCUUCACUUUAAUGCACUGGAAAAAAAAUAUGCUGACUUAACAUCCUGGAUGUAAAAAAGUGUGCGACAACUCACAAAACGCUGAAUUAACCGCCCCAGCAGUUACUAUAGCAAUGUCGAGAUGUAAAACUAACUGCUGUGGCGGUCAAUUCAGCGUUUUGUGAGUUGUCGCACACUUUGUUACAUCCAGAAUGUUAAGUCAGCAUCCCCUUUUUUUCGGAGUGUGCAGCAAACUUUUUUAAUUUUUAAGACAUAUCCCUUUUUUGUUUUUACUUUAUCUGCUUUUAUUUUUAUGAUGAUCAUCAAUGACCGUGCUGUCCCAACAUCCAAGCUAGUUAUGAUUUUUUAUUUUUUUUUAAAUUUUUUAUUUUCACUAUUUUUCAUGUUGCCAGUCGCAACGAGGGGGAACAAUUUGUUUUAUUUUGUCUUGGUAAAAAGGUUCAUUUUAUCAUAGCCACUUUUGAUCAAACACCCGGCCGUCAGUGCAAGUUUUGAUUUGUGAUUUUGCUUGUACCUAACAUUUUGUAUUUUUAGGAACUUCAUCAUGUAAAAAAACUUCUUUGAAUUCAUAUGCAGUUUCAGUUCCUUCCAAAAAGUUCAUACUUUGGUGGACGACUUUUCUGCAUACAAGCUUCAAACUCAAUUACAUUUAUCUAUCCUACAAAAAGAAUUUUAUACUAAAAAUUAUGGGUAAAAAGACAUAAUAUAUUUCAAUUUAGUAUUGAACGUUGCUUGACAUACUCAAUAGUUUCUUCGCUCUUAUUUUUUUCAUUGCAUUUAUUUUUCAUGCAAACAAUGUAAAGGUUCCUCAUCUUCUACAGAUUUUAUUUAUUACCACGAUGUGUGUUUAAUAAAGACUGUUGGAAAUUACAUAAUAUUUUGCAGAAAAACUUUUACUCAUCAGUCGUCUUGCAAGAGUCAGCCAAUGUCGACUUGUUGACUCUUAAUUUAAUCACCUCCAAUCGCAAUACAUUUUUUCCCAUGCUUUCGCCACUCCUUGAACACAGGCUCAAAACCACGCUUCACCAGUUGACUGAGGUUGGCCCCAAAAACUUUUUCUACUGCAGUUAUAGAAUUAAAAUGUUCAUAUUUUAGGUGACUUUUGAUUUGAUAAUCUAGUAAAAAGUUGUCUGGCGUCAGAUUUGACUUUAAGAUUAAUGAUGUACCAUUUUAAAAGUUUUCUUGACCAGGAACUCCGUGGCACUUGCUGCAACAUUAAGCCAGUGCUAAGAAAGGGAGUCAACAACAGCGGUACCCACCUAGUGCAAAUAUUAGUAAAGUUUAGAUAAUUGCGCGAUAGUGCAAAAGCCCCACCCACCAAUAAGUGAGUAUAGAAAGCGUCUGUUUGUAUGAACACACCUUCAUAGUUGAUAAUCUUCACUAUUAAAGCUUCAACAGCAAUGCCAGGACCACCCCUAAGUUCAGGACUAUUUGAGAUCUUUAAACUACCCCAGACAGGAUCUAUUUAACAUAGCACCACCUUCGUAAGUUUUUUUUACUUUACAUAAGUCUUACCUAUAUAUUUACUGAGUUAUGACAACAACUUAAUCGCGUAGUAAUAUACUGCUGCUCUUGCAGAGGAGCUUCAAGAAACUCUGGAGGCAAAAUCCGAUACACCCACUUCAACUGAGUGAGACAUAAUACAGAAGCGCUUUCUAACUUAAAAAUUUUGCACACCUUUGAGUAGUGCUGACUACUUUCAUAUGCUGUUCACAAAAUUGCACCACUGCAAUCCUAUCACCUGUGCAGAGACCUCCGACAGUCUUUGUUGAACACCCCUCGUAACUUAUUUCUUCAACAUCAAAUGCUGUCGAUUGCAUAUUUGAUCUUUUUUUUAUUUUUUUUAAACAAAAACAAACUAACAAAAAAUCACUUUUGCAUUAUGUAAGAGAAAGACUAUUGCAACAAAAAAAUUGAAAAAGAAGUACAAUGAACAGGUGUUAAACAGUUCCAAUUUGUAUCAUUCCAUAAUGAAGAACGUUUUUUAUUUCUAAUUUAUCUUUAUGUUUUAAUUUACAAUAUAUCGGCUGCAGGGUCAGUAAGUGUCUGUUUUUGAUUGAAUUAGAUCUCAUAUAGCAUUCAAAAGCAGAUAAUGAUUUUUACCUCUUACUUGAGAAAAAUAAUUCAAAUAGAAGAGAGUCAAGAAGGAAAAUUCUGCAAAGAAUUAUUUUCAGUAGUUUUUUCAAUUUUUUUUUUCUUUUGUUUGAAUUUUACACAUAAACACAGCUGAGAAACCAUUUUGAAGUAGCUCUGUGAUAAUCUAUACCAAUAGGAAUAUUGAGGGAAAGGAUAAUUGGAAACCACAGAUGAUUCGAGAACACAAAAUGCUAGAAAUAAAA